AUGAGUGGAAGCUAUGAUAGAGCAAUUUCAGUAUUUAGUCCCGACGGACGAUUAUUACAAGUAGAGUAUGGACAGGAAGCAGUUAAGAAGGGUGCAACAUGUGUUGCAGUUAAAGGGAAAGAUAUAGUCGUUUUGGGCGUUGAAAAAAAAACAGCAUUGAAACUUGAAGAUACUCGAACAGCAAAAAAAAUAGGCGUUAUUGAUCAUCAUGUAUGUCUUGCAUUUGCGGGUCUUAAUGCAGAUGCACGUAUUCUUUUGGAUAAAGCUAGAACAGAAGCACAAAGUCAUCGUCUUACAGUUGAAGAUCCAGUAACAGUUGAAUAUAUAACAAAAUAUGUUGCAGGUGUCAAACAGAAAUAUACACAAUCAGGAGGAGUACGUCCAUUUGGUGUCUCUACAUUAAUUUUUGGCUUUGAUCCAGACGACAUAGUUCCACGACUUUAUCAAACAGAACCUGCUGGGAUAUAUACUGCAUGGAAAGCAAAUGCUAUUGGAAAAUCAAGUAAAACGGUUCGUGAAUUUUUAGAAGCAAAUUUUAAAGAUAACAUGGAGAAAAAUGAUGCAAUCAAAUUAACAAUUAGAAGUUUGCUAGAAGUAGUUCAAACGGGUGUAAAAAAUAUAGAAGUUGCAUUCAUGAUGCCAAGGAAAAAAAUUGAAUUUUUAAGUACUGAUGAAAUUGAAGCAAUAAUUAAAGAAAUAUCAGCAGAGAAAGAGCAAGAAACUGCUCGUAAAAAGCAUCUUAGUCAAACACAGGUUUAA